AAUACCUGAUUGCUUUCAGCUUUUUGCUAGGAGUCUCCAAGCUGCUCGUUAUCCUCCGGCAUAGCGUCAAUUGCCUGCUGCCUUACACCUACCUUGCUAGUCCUAGGGUCUGCAGGGAUGCGUUUAUGCUCCUGCUCUACCCUGCCAGGACCUGGCAGCACGGGGCAGCUUUGUGCAACCUCAAUGGUGCUGAACAGGCAUUGCAAGCCGGUGCAGCUGCUUGGUCGGAGGCGAUGGGACCGGUGCAUCAACAGUCGCGGGGCUGGCUGCGUGCGGAAAGCGGCCAGCGGGCGCGAAGGGGAGACGCCCAUUGAGCGGCGCUUGCGAGAAAGCGCAGAGGUGGAGUCCCGUGUGAGGAACAUCGACAGCGAGGACGACCUGCUGCAGCUGCUGGACGACGCGGGAGACAAGCUGGUGGUGCUGGAGGUCCAGUCCGAGGUGUUGUGCGAGCUGGGUCUGGACGAGCCGGAGCCCGAGCUGCACUGGAAGCUGGACGAGCAGCGGCAGCACGAGCAGCGCAUGGCCAAGUGCCAGGCGGUGAAGCACGUCAUACAGCGCACGGCGCGGGAGAGCCCGGAUGUGGUGUUUGCGGCAUUCGAGACCGACGGCACCCCUGCCCGCGAGGCACUGGUUCGCAAGCUGGGCGUGGAGGUGCUGCCCACGCUGCAGUUCUACAAGGGCGGGCGGCUGCUGUGGGAGCACAAGGGCGCGGCGGCCAUGGAGGCGGGCGUGGGGGAGGGCGUCAUGUACUACGGCGACAGUGCCGCGGGCGGGCUGGCCCCCAUCAGCAGCUACGUGGCCGAGAUCAGCUCCCGACAGCAGCUGGCCGACUUCCUGGCGGCGGAGACCGACCCAGCGGUGCUGCAGGUGCUCAACGUGGCCUUGACGAGCGCGGGUCCGUGCAUCAGGGUGUUUCCGGCGGUGGUCGCCCUGAGCCGCUCCUUCAAGGGCUUCGCGUCCUUCGGUCGGCUGCUGGGCGAUGCGAGCGAGGAGACGGAGGGGCUGCUGCGGGAGCUGAACAUCGUCGAGGUGCCCACCUUUGUGUUCUUCAGGGCCGGCAAGGAGGUGGGUCGCCACGUGGGGUCGGACCGCGGCGACCUCAUCGGUCAGAUCCUGCAGCAGCAGGCGGCAGUGGGACUGUCGCCGCCGCCGCCACCCGUCACGGCGGGCAGGAGCGCGCGGCCGCGCACCCGGGGAGCCUCAGCAGCUGGCCGACGCAAGUAAAGGGGGGCCUUAGGAGGCGAGGAGACUACAGGCAGGAGAUGCAGGUAGAAGGGAAGUUUCAGGAGACAGGAAGACUACAGGCGUGAGAGUGUACAUGGUAUGGAAAGCAGGAAGCAGGGUGGUGUGUUGGGUGCGUUGUUUGGAUGUUGUCUGCGCUACCUUUACGCCUAAAUGCAUGUUGGGGCUUGGUUUGUGGGUGUUGGGAAGGGGUGCACGGUUGAUUGGCGACGCAUGUCUGGAAUAUUGAGAUGGCAGAACAGAAG